ACGUGUGUGAGGCUCCAGAGGCCCGGAUGCUGCGCGUGCUGCCCGGGCCGGGAGCAAACGCCAGCUCUGCGCCGGCCUUCCGCGGGCAGCCCCGAGGCCGGACCGUCACAGUUCCCACACAGAAUUCCAUGGAGAGGAGAUUGAAGAGAUGACGAGAAGAAUUGGCCUUGAGUGACGUGCUCACUGUUAAGCCCACGGGUGCUGACACCUGUUCUGGAUACUACCCUUGGCGGUGUUGGUGACUGAACAGGCCAAAGUCCAGGAGUGUUUGAGUUCCAGCCUGAGUCCAGGGAGUGUCUGCUGGGUCAGCUUCGUCCCUCCCUUGAGAACCUGAUUGCUUGCUGCUGUAGGGGAAAGAGCAGCCAGGCUCACACAUCCCAGGGAUGCACCAUGCCGAUAGUUGAUAAGCUGAAGGAAGCCCUGAAGCCUGGCCGCAGGGACUCGGCCGAGGAUGGGGACCUGGGAAAACUGCUGGCUGCCUCUGCCAAGAAGGUCCUUCUGCAGAGGAUUGACUUUGAGCCAGCCAGCAAAAGCUUCUCCUACCAGCUGGAGUCCCUGAAGAGCAAGUAUGUGCUGCUGAACCCCCGGGCUGAGGGGGCCGCUCGGCACAAGAGUGGAGAUGAGCUGCUGGCCGGGAAACCAGGUCCUGAGCACACAUCUGGAAGUGGAGGUGAUGGAGUCCCGGCCCCACAGAAAGUGCUCUUCCCCACGGAGCGACUGUCUCUGAGGUGGGAGCGUGUUUUCCGCGUAGGUGCGGGACUGCACAACCUGGGCAACACCUGCUUCUUGAACUCCACCAUUCAGUGCUUGACCUACACGCCGCCUCUGGCCAACUACCUGCUGUCCAAGGAGCAUGCACGGAGCUGUCACCAAGGAAGCUUCUGCGUGCUGUGCGUCAUGCAGAACCACAUCGUCCAGGCCUUUGCCAACAGCGGCAAUGCCAUCAAGCCCAUCUCCUUCAUCAGAGACCUGAAAAAGAUUGCCCGGCACUUCCGCUUCGGCAACCAAGAGGACGCACAUGAAUUUCUCCGGUACAUCAUAGACGCCAUGCAGAGGGCCUGCUUGAAUGGCUAUGCCAAGUUGGAUCGACAGACGCAGGCCACCACCCUGGUGCAUCAGAUCUUUGGAGGCUAUCUCAGAUCCCGAGUGAAAUGCUCAGUGUGCAAGAGUGUCUCCGACACCUAUGACCCCUACUUGGACAUAGCACUGGAGAUCCGGCAAGCUGCAAAUAUUGUGCGUGCUCUGGAACUUUUUGUGAAGCCAGAUGUCCUGAGUGGAGAGAAUGCCUAUAUGUGUGCUAAAUGCAAGAAGAAGGUUCCAGCCAGCAAGCGCUUCACCAUCCACAGAACAUCCAACGUCCUAACUCUGUCUCUCAAGCGCUUUGCCAACUUUAGCGGGGGCAAGAUCACCAAGGAUGUCGGCUAUCCUGAAUUCCUGAAUAUCCGUCCCUAUAUGUCCCAGAGCAAUGGGGACCCUGUCAUGUAUGGGCUUUAUGCUGUCUUGGUGCACUCCGGCUACAGCUGCCACGCUGGGCACUACUACUGCUAUGUGAAGGCCAGCAAUGGACAGUGGUACCAGAUGAACGAUUCCCUGGUCCAUUCCAGCAAUGUCAAGGUUGUUCUGAACCAGCAGGCCUACGUCCUCUUCUACCUGCGAAUUCCGGGUUCAAAGAAAAGUCCUGAGGGUCCCAUCUCCAGGACGGUCUCCACCCAUCCCAGCCGCCCCUGUGUCAUUCCAGAUCACAGCAAGAAGACCGUGGGCAAUGGGGUCACUUCCUCCCCACUAAUUGCAAAGCGACAAGACUCCAUGCCCAUGAGGAAGCCACAGGUGCCAGAAGAAGUCGGUGUGCCUGUGUCCAGGACUGGCUCCAUGCUGGGCCUGAAGUCGCAGAAUGGAUAUGUGCCUACAAAGGCGCCCGUGGGGUCCCCCUCUCCCAGGCUCACUCCAACACCCACACACGUGCCAGCCCUCCUGGAUGAGUCUGGGAAGAAAGUGAAGAAGCCAGUUCCCCUGCAGCCCCAUCCCCCGGCCCCUCAUACUUCUCAGGGCUCCUCCGGGACCAGUGCUCUUGGGGUCCCGCGGCCUGGCUCCUGGGAGAGCAGGGACGCUGUCCUCUCUACCUCACCAAAGCUCUUGGCCAAGGCCGCUGUCAACGGGCACAGGCCCAAGGGGGAAGACAAUGGCACGGACCUCGAGAAAGAUGCUUCCAGCAGCUCUAGCCCCGAACAUUCUGCCAGCAGCAAUGCAGCCAAGGCCCCAGAGGACGGCACUACCCGCUUCUGUGGUUCUCAGGGAACAAACUGUCCCGCCACCACUGGUCAUUCCAAAGCACUGCAGAGCGGAGCAGAUUCUAAGGUGGCAAAGCCGAAGUCUCCCGCCCUGGGCAGCACCACUGCCGAGCCCACAAGCCUCAUGUCUCCCCCACCAGCUAAAAAACUGGCCCUGUCGGCCAAGAAGGCCAACACCCUGCGGAGGGCGACCGGCAAUGACCUCCGUUCACCUCCCCCCUCAUCACUCUCCGACCUCACCUACCCCAUGAAAGCCACUCACUCCGUCGUCGCCUCUCCCCAGCCUGUCAGUAAAACCAGGGCUGUGCCACCUGCUCCCCGAUCAUCUACCCUUCUGAAGCCUUCCGUCAGCCCCUGUUCCACAUCACUGUCCAGUAGUAGUCCCCAGCCCCCAGGGACAUCAGAGCCACAGAGACGCUCCUCUGCCUGGACUUCCCUGCCUCAGGUCAACGGGGACAUCAAGUUCGUUUUACACCAGCCACCAGAGGCCAGUGAGGCCGCACAGAGCCCCUCUAAGAAGAGGAGAAAGACCUUUCCGGGAGAGCCCCCGAGGCUGGAUGUAGACACACACCUCCCACAGUGCCUCCAGGAAGCAGCUACAGUGCCUCGAAGGAAGAGGAAGAGGAAGAAAAAGAAGUGUCCCGAGGAUGUGGCCAAGCCCACCCUGCAGCUGUGCCAGGCACAAGACCUUCCUUGGAGUCCCAGGAGCAGGAAGGAGGAAGGGGACACUCGGCCACAGGUAAAUGGCCAUGCAGUGGAUCACAUUCUGUGCAGCCCUCAUGUGAGCAGCCGGAAGAAGAGGAGGAGGAAGGGCCUACAGAGACUGAAUGGAGAAGCCACCCUUUCCCAGGACCCACCUGAGCACAGAAGCCGCUCCCCAGCAGACUGCGAGCCCGAGCCCAGGGCAGAGUCUCCAAGGAAAAAGAAAAGGAGAAAAAGGAAACACUACUCACAGGAGAAGGAAGAAGAAAAGGAGUACCCACAAGGCCAGAGGAGCCCUGGGCCUGGCGUUGCCAUCAUCCCUGAGUUGAACAUCAACGGCCAGCUUCCUGGAGAUUGGCUAGGGCUGGGUCAAGCUCCUCUUGUGCCCUGGAACCAAGAACGAGAAUCCAGUGUGGUCCAGGAGUUGCUCCAGUACUCUUCUGAUAAGGCUUAUGGGAGAAAAGUUUUGACCUGGGAUGGCGAGCCGUCAGCAGUCAGCCAGGAUGCCAUCAGAGACAGCAAACUGGCUCAAGCCCAGACUGUGAUUGACGACUGGGAUGAAGAGUUUGAUCGAGGGAAGGAAAAGAAGAUUAAAAAGUUCAAGAAGGAGAAGAGGAGAAACUUCAAUGCCUUCCAGAAGCUUCAGAGUAGACGGAACUUUUGGUCUGUGACUCAUCCUGCUAAGGUCGCUAGUCUCAGCUAUCGCCGCUGAGUUCACUGCUCCUGACAUAGGAGGACCAGUGUACCUGUGCCAUAGCUCCCAGCAUUGUCACAUCAUGUCCUGGGAACUGUCCAUCUGGAUCUGAGAGCCUUGUGCAGACUCUGCUGUCCCGUUAGUCCAAGCUGCUCACCAGAGCUUGCCAUGCAGGCAGCUCCUGGCACCACUGCCCACCAACCAAACCAAUGUGGAAGCCUUGGGGCUUCUGCAGCUCAGGACCUCUGGUGGCGUUCAUGAGCCUCAUAAGAGAAGCCCUGGCCUGUGGUGUCAGGCAGAACUGCAGCAACCACGGGACAUGUGGAAAGGCCCUGUGGACACUGGGGUCUACAUCUGGUCUGAAGCAGGAUGGGGCCAGCGUCUCCUAGUGCCCUGAACUCAGGAUGGCACACAUGCAGCCUUGCUCUCUUCAGCUGGCAAUGUCUUGUCCCACUGUCUCCUUGGUGGGCCUAUGUAUGCCUUACUGCCAGCUGCAGAGAGGAAGAGCCCCAUUGGACCGCAGUGCUGCCCCUCCAGGGCAUCCUCUCCAAAGAGCUCUGGGCUGUCUGGGAAGCUGAAGCUACUUGGGGUGGGGCUGGGAGCCUUUGCGAUGUGCGCUGGUGCCUCUGCUCUGCUCUGCGGACUGUCGGAGCUUGUCCUAUGGGAUUCUCUUGAGGUGGUGGUCUUUGGAGGUGAAUUUCCCAUUAUUUUACUACUUAACAUAAAGCAUUUAUUUUUGACAGACCUGUGGCUUCCAGUAGCAGUAUGUUUCCCUGAUAUGCAAAUACUGGCUUUAUUUGCUCAGUUUUGUGAGUGCUUUGGAAUCUAAAUGAUUGUAUGAUUUGAGAAGAGUCCUUUUUUAUCUUGCUCGAGCUGUGCCUGUAGAUCAGACUAUACUACUCUAGACUCCUCGGUGGAGGUGGGAAUCUAGGGAGAGGCGCACCCUCGUGGGAGGCUCUGGCCUCGCCCUCACUGGCUGCGUCUUCUCAUCUUCCCGAGGCCAAGGGCGGUCCCAGCCGGCCUCUUCGGCUCUGCCCACUGGCCCUCAUUACGUCGUUUUCUAACCUGCUGCCAUGCACAGGACCCUGUUGGAUGCCGUGGAAGAAGAGCAGCUUUCUCCGGGUCACCGGGGUGCGCGUGCGAGCUGGCGUCGGCAGAGCGGCUGGUCAUCGUGGGAAGGGGGCAGCGGUCUUCGUGUGGGGUUUCCUCUUCCGCCUGGGGUGGUGACAUGCACUCCUGUGUGAACUGCUCUCCGAGUCUCACUCCUUCCUAUGCUGCUCUGUAGUUGGGAAUUUUCAUUGUCUGCUAGCACAGAAUCGCCUUCCUCUCCCUUCUCUGCUCCAGAUUGGUCUCUUCCUUUCCUCGCCGGGUUAAACACUGUAAAACUUUCCCUUGGGGAGUAUGCAUCUGCUGUCUUUUGGGCAGUCCUGAGCCCUGGCUGACCUCUGAUAGCAUUUCCCAAGUCCUGUCCUUCCUCAGAAACCAUCAAACAGGGCAGAGUAAGGCCCAGCACAUCACCCAGGUUCUGGGUGACUUGUACAUGUGUAAAUAACUGAAGCUUGGCUACUAGCUAUCAUUGGGUCCGUUGAAAUCCACUGUAACUCUGCCCUUGGCAGUGGAGACGAUCCAAGCCUCCGUGCAGAGAGCCCACCUCCCCCAGUGUUCCUGUCCUCUCUCACCUGCCUGUUCCUAUGUGUACUAGGGUCCCCACACUCGCUACUGCCUCAUCCAGGGCUGGGGAACCCCAGCUGUUGCUAAGCUCCUGGUGCAAUAAAACAAUGCCUCAUCAUGCGUU